AUGGGCUUUGCCACGGCGACCCUUCUCCUGUCCCGGGGCUCACACUUGGCUGUAUGUGAUGUGAAUGAGGAUGGUCUUGCUGCUCUCGUGGAUGGAAUCGAUCCAGCGCAACGAACGAGGGUAGUCACACGCAGAGUGGAUAUCACAGAUCGUGCAGCGGUCAGAUCCUUCCUCCAGUCGGCCAAGGACAUAUUCGGCAGGGUUGACGGCAUUGCGAAUCUUGCAGGCACUGCAGGUCACCGACUUGGUCACGAGGAAAUAUGGCAGAUUGACGAAGCAGAGUACCAGUUCAUUAUGGACGUCAACGUCAAGGGGGUCUUCAACCUGCUGAGCGAAGCGCUCCAUCCCGGGGUGCUACACGAGCAAGGCAGCUUUGUGCAUGCAGCGAGCAUGUUUGCAGAUCGCGGGUUUGCAAAGGGCUCGGUCUAUAGCGGCAGCAAGCAUGCGGGAAUCGGCCUGAUCAAGAGCGCUGCAAUUGAAGCAGGGAAGCGGGGGAUCCGGAUCAAUGUCGUCACGCCUGGUCCCAUAGACACCCCAAUGUUGCGUGCUAAUGAAGAGAGCGGUGCUAAGGGUACUGCUCCAGCUGUACCUCUAGGACGAUUGGGCGAGGCAUCGGAAGUUGCCAAUGUCGUCGCGUUCCUACUAAGUGACGACGCUCGAUACGUGACAGGAGCGACGUGGGCGGUAGAUGGAGGGGCGAAUGCGUGA